AUGGUGUUUUUGCAACAUGACCCCUGCCAGGGUGCUCAAGCCACCAUCAAUUGGCUCAGGGAGCUGCUCCUGAAUGCUGUGCUCUCCUCUUCUCAUCCUUUUUCCUUCUGUACUUUUCACUUUCAUCUUUUAACACUUCACUCUUCACCCACCACUGUUCAAUUCAUCCCUCCAGGCAUGUCAGCUCAGCUCAACUCCAACCCAAUCAUCAAUGUUCUGGUAGAAUCACUCAUCCUCCCAGAGUUUGACACUGCUGAUAAUCUUGUCAAGGAAGCAGGUAACUUUCUGUCUCUGGUUCAGAACCUAGCAGACCAUGAUCAGAUCCUCUUUUGGGGUAUGAUUAGUACCAGAUACCACCAGUUGGAUCAAUUUCAUUGUAGCCUUCAGGCUGGCUGGUGGGCUGUAGCCCAUUACAUCUCUCCAGAUAAUGAUGUUCUCAAAGAAUCCACAGGUUCCAGACCUCUUCAUUGCAGUCUCCUGUUCAGAGUGGAGCCACUAGUUGAUAUGGUGCUACAAUUUGAUGCAAACCAGCAAACCUACUAUGUGGACUUUGACAGGCACAGGUUGAUGUUGGCUAUUGAUGGAGUCCUUGGAGCUAUCAAUGCACUCAAACUUCAUUGA